AUGGACAUGGACGACGACGACGCUUUCCUCUACGGCGACGAGGGCGCUACCGACACCACCGCUGCUCAAGCUACCAAGAAUGAAGCCGCUGAUGCUCAAAGCAAGCUCAGUGCCUCCAUGGCUGCAUCUUUAGCAGCUUAUGGUAUUGACGCUUCUGCAGCUGUCGUAGAACCCCCUUUGGAGAACCCUGAAGAUGGUGGUGUGGAAGAGGAGGAUGAUGAGGGUGACGAUGAUGAUGACGAUGAGAGUGAUGAGGAGGAUGUAAAGUUUGUGUUUAGUGGAAAUCCCAGAGCUUUGGAUUUGAGAAAGCAGCAGCAACCGGUGAACGUUGUUGGUAUCGGAAAGUGGGCGCAUGCCAGUACGGGUGCUCAAGCGCCGGCUCCAGCGACGCCUCAUAACCCCAGUCUUAUUGCGGAUGCUUCUACCAGGUACCACACUACAGAGUAUACUCCUGCUGCUCGACCAUCUGCUACUCCCCAAGUCAAUCCUCUCCAAAACCCUCCUCUUGCGCCCAAUAACACUGCGCCCAACCUCCAACCCCAGCAAGAACCUACCCCCUCCGCCCAACCUCAAAUGACCCAGACACAGAAUGGCCCGCCCAUCAACCCAAACCUCCCCCCAUCCACCCUUCCUGUCGUGACUGCCCCCACCACCCAGGGCUUCAAGCCCAACCCCUCAAACCCUUCGGGCAUAAUCCCUUCCACCGGCCAGUCGGUGUACGACAUUGAAGCAGCCAUGUUUGAAGGCUCUGGCCAGCCCUGGCGAAUGCCCGGUGCCGUCGUGAGCGACUACUUCAACUUUGGCUUUGACGAAGUCACCUACCCCCGGUACUUGCGGUACCGCUCCGAAAUGGAACAAGGCGUCAAAGCCCUCGCCAACCUGCCGCCCAUGGCCGCUAUGGGCGGCGACCUGGCACAGAUGCUGCAUCUCGGCAACGGCAUCAACCUGCCGCAGAUGAUGCAGAUGGGCCAGAUGAAUGGGAUGAAUGGAGGCAUGAAUAUGCCGGGGAUGCAGGGGAUGAAUGGAGGGAUGCAGCAAAUGCAGCAGAUGCAACAGAUGCAGCAGAUGCAGCAGAUGAUGGCGAUGGGAGGGAUGGAUAUGGGGAUGAUGCAGCAGGGGCAAGGGCAAGGGCAAGCCCAGGCUCAGGCUCAACAGGCUAGGCCGAGCCAAGUGCUACUCCUCAAGCUCAAGCGCAACCCGCAUCUACGGAAGAAUCCAAGCAAGAGGAAGGCGAACAUGCAAGUUGAAACUUCACGUCGCCCAGCGCCUCCCACUCGACCCCGUGCUGGUCCCGUAUCAGGCAACGUCCCUCUGGGACCCCGUGCCGCCGCCGUCCCUUCUGGUCCCGCCAACGCACCCACCGGCCCCUCAUCUUCCAACCCCACGCUCCACGCUCCUACCGGUCCCAAAUCGAGGUUCAGAGAUUUCAAAGACAAAGACCGUGUCGAUAUCAGCGGCGCCGGUUCUCUCGACUACGGCGACGAAGAGGAAGACCGGUAUGGAAAGGAUGAUCGAGAGAAGGAGAAGGAUAAGACGAGGGAUUGGGAUUCAGGCAAGGAAAGGAGCGAGUCGAGGGGUAGUCGAAGACGGGAGAGAAGCCCCAGGUCUAGGACGCGCGAGCGUGAGAAGGGCGGGUAUGAAGAGUAUGAAGAGGGCGGGUACUCGUCGUCGGAAGAUCGGGAGAGGAGGAAGAGGCGAGAAAAAGAGCGGGAGAAGGAGAAGAGUGAGAAGAAGGAGAGGAGAAGGAAGGAGGAGGAUGUUUCGCUGGGAGCUGAGGGGUGGGAGGAGGAGGAAGGGGAAGAGAGAAGAGGGGCGAGUAGUAGGAGGAAGAGGAGCGAUAGUGAGGAUGAGGACAGACAUAGAAGGAGUAAGAGGAGAUGA